AUGGAUACGUCGACAAUGCCUGCAGUAAAUUGGCUAUUGAGCCAAAGAUUUAUGAUGUCACCAUUGCCACCGCAACCAUCCAUUGCACCUAAAAAUUAUAUGUUUCAUAGCGAUGAAGAACGUCGUCGACGUCCGUUUCGUAUCCGUGAACUGAGCCCAAUCUGGGUACCAUCUCAACGAAAUGAUCAGACCUUGAUACCAGUCAACAAGAGUAUAAAAUCGGCCGUGAAAAUCAUCAGUGUUGUGAACGUGGAUCCCACUGGCGGCAGCCAGGUUGUCACUCGACGUCAUCAGAAUGGCCACUUGGAUGUUCGUGUCAUAUAUUCUCGUGAAUUUAUUAUCGCGGCAUCAGCUAGUCCGUACGCAUUGUUACCACCGGCAAAUUUUCGACAAAUGGUCUUGGAAAUGAUGGAUAUUAUUGCUAAAUUCCCAAAAAGCUAUUAUAAUUCUAUUCAUACAGACACCGCCGCAGACAGUUUUCAGUAA